AUGGGUUUUAGUGUUCGAAAAGAAGAUGUUCGCCGCAAGAAGGCCGAUAACUCAGAGUGGCAAAGAAAAUGGGUUUGCUCGAAACAGGGCUUUAGAAGAGAGAAGUGGAAAAACCUAACUAACCGAAAGAAAACACCCAGAGCCAUUACCAGGACAGGUUGUCUAGCAGUACUCCGAGUAAACUUUGAUAGGUCGGAUAACACAUGGGUGGCGAAAGACUUUAACCCAGUUCAUAAUCAUGACCUAGCUGCAAAGACAGAGCUACAUUUCCUGCGAUCCAACCGAGCUAUACCAGAAUGUAUAGGUGCACAGGUCAUAUCAAUGAGACGAUCAGGCAUACGCACUUGCCAUAUAUUAAAUCAUCUAGCACGAGAAAGGGGAGGAUGUGAGUAUCUUCCAUUCAUGAAAAAGGAUCUUUAUAAUUGGAUUGGUAGCCAAAGGCGACAGGAAGCAGAAGAAGGGGAAACAGACGCUGAAGGUGCACUCGGUUACCUAGAAUGUCUCGGUUUGCGUGAUCCUGAUUUCUAUGAAACACACACAAUUGACAAGGACUUCAGAUUGGCAGACCUGUUCUGGGCCGAUGGAAAUUGUCGUAGAGAUUACAAUUUGUUCGGUGAAAUCAUGGCUUUUGACACGACAUAUAGGAAAAAUGCAUACAACAAACCAUUACUAAUCUUCGUCGGGGUGAACCAUCAUUUCAGAACAAUUGUUUUUGCAGUUGCAUUGCUAUACGAUGAGACGGAGGAGACAUACAUAUGGGUUUUACAAGAAUUCUUAGAGUGCAUGAAAAACAAGGCACCGCAUGUUAUUGUCACCGACGGAGACCACGCUAUGGAAAAUGCAAUAAAGGUAGUCAUGCCGCAGUCAGUCCACCAUUUGUGUGCGUGGCACCUUCAGGCCAACUUAACCAGCAAUACACCUCACCCACUUUUCAAGGCAAAAUUCAACGAGCUCCUUUAUCAAUAUUGUACCGAGGAACAGUUUGAGGAUACAUGGAACAAUAUGGUCUCAGAAUUCCAUCUUCAAGAAAGUCGCUGGGAAAAAACAACUUACGCCAACCGUAAAAGUUGGGCUGAGUGUUUCCUUCGGGUAAACUUCUUCGCGGGUCUUACAACCACCCAAAGGUCCGAGUCAAUCAAUUCCUACCUAUCGCACUUCCUAACGAGCAAACUUAAGCUUAGGGAUCUUGUCGGCCAAGUUGAUGCAACCAUACAGAACAUUCACCACACCGAAAGGGAGGAUGACUUCAUCAGUAACCACACUUCGCCCAGCAUACCAACAAACGUCCUCCACCAGUACUACCAACAAGUUGCCUCCAUUCUUACCAAGACCAUGUACGAUAAGGUGGCAGAGCAAAUCAGUAGUGCUCUUUCAUACUUAGUUGACUCUGCAGAUGUAACAGUUAACAGUCGGUCGUACUACUUGACACGUUUCCCAAAAGGACUAGUAUGGAGUCAAGUGAACUACGAUACUGACCAUGGACACAUCAAUUGUACAUGUAUGCUGUUCGAGUCGGAUGGAAUUCCAUGUCGUCAUAUAUUCGCUGUUAUGAAGCACUUGAACAUACCUUGCAUUCCAGACUUUCUGUUUAAGGCUAGAUGGAGGAAGGAUGCUAAGAGCUCGGUUGAAUUGAAUGGUUUCCCCCAUUCUAGGAUGCCCGGUGAUGUGUUGGUAUGUACAAGAUGGGGAUCAUUAACAUCACGAUUCAAUGCAAUGGGAUACUUUGCGACCAAGCAAAGCGACACUUACGAAGAGGCCAUGAAUGAGAUGUCUCGGUUGGAGGAGAAAUUUAAGUCAAUGUGUGUUGACACGAUUCUUCGCCAACAGGGUAUUUCUUACAAGAGAGGAUCCAACCCUUUUUAA